AUGGGCAUGCCAUCGUUCCAGGCGUCCAACGCCGUCAUCUACGUCACCUAUGGCCUCUUUCUCGUCAUGGGAACUGGCAUUGCUUGGAAGCUGCGAAACCAGGACAAAAAGGAAUUUCUGUCCAGCAACGGCACCCAGACUGCCUUUCCUCUCGCUCUCAACUUUAUUGCCUCUGCUCUUGGAUCCGGUAUCCUCUUCUCUUACCCCGAGCUCGCGACUAUUGCCGGUGUGCAGGGCGUCGUCGUGUACGCGCUGGCGUCGGCGCUGCCCAUGCUCGUCUUUGGCUACCUCGGGCCCGUCAUCCGUCGCCGCUGCCCCGAGGGCUUUGUGCUGACGGAAUGGACACGCCAGCGCUACGGCACCCCGGCGAUGCUUUUCCUUAGCUUCCUCACCCUCGUGACGCUCUUCCUCUACAUGGUCGCCGAGCUCUCUGCCGUCGGGCAGGUCGUCGGUACCCUCACCGGGCUCGACGGUCUCCCAGUUAUCAUCGUGCAGUGCGUCGUCACGACUAUUUAUACGUCGCUCGGUGGUUUCAAAAUCUCCUUCCUUACCGACGUCAUUCAGGGUGGCAUGGUGGUCGGGCUUAUAAUCAUCGCCACCAUCACCAUUGGCGUCAAGACGGAAAUCAAGACGGAGCUCAUUGACUCGUCCGGCCUCACCAAAGCCAACCUCCUCGGCUGGCAGCUGCUGUAUAUUCUACCCGUCGCCAUCCUCACCAACGACUUUUUCUUGUCCAACUUUUGGCUGCGCACCUUCUCCUCGAAGACGGACAAGGACCUCCGCCUCGGCGUCACCAUGGCCAUGCUCGUCAUCCUGUGCGUUCUCACGCUCGUCGGCUGCACCGGCCUCAUUGCCGCGUGGUCGGGUGCAUGGCCCGGUGACCCCCCGCAGGCCGGCUCCCUCGCCUUCUUCGUGCUGCUCGAGCGCCUCCCCAGCUGGGUCGUCGGCAUCGUGCUCGUCAUGGUCGUCAGCCUGAGCACCGCCGCUUUCGACUCGCUGCAGUCAGCCAUGGUGUCGUCGGCGUCCAACGACCUGUUCCGCAACCGGCUCAACAUCUGGUUCAUCCGCGGCUUCGUCGUGCUGGUCAUUAUCCCCGUCGUCGUCCUAGCCCUCAAGGCACCCUCCAUCCUGCAAAUCUUUCUCAUCUCCGACCUCGUCUCCUCGGCCGCCAUCCCGGUGCUCUGCGUCGGUCUGCUCCCGCAGUGCUGGUUCUGGCGCGGCUUUGAGUUCGUCAUCGGCAGCCUUGGCGGCAUCCUGACGGUCUUCAUCUUUGGCGCGUGCUACUACGGCGACGCUUACCGCGGCGCCCGCCUCAUCCUGCUCGAGGAGGGCCUCUACGCGCAGGAUUGGUCCGUGUUUGGCGCAUUCGUCGCCGCGCCUAUCGGCGGCCUCGUCUGGGGCGCCAUCGCACUGGUGUGCCGUGUCGGGUUCCAGUAUGUCAAGGCCAGACUCACGGGCGGCGUUUUUGACGCGCUGGACAAGCCUCUGGACUCGGUCCGUCGCCUUAGCAGCGAUGGCGAGGUGGUUGGUGAGAGCGUCUCGACCAACGCUGGCAAGUUUUUUUAA